AUGAGCGAGACGAAUAAACUCCUUCCCAGUCAUGUCGAGCAGCAUGAGCAAAGAGAAAAUGAGAAAGUCAAUUCGACAGUGCUCGUGAAUGCAUAUGCUGUCAUUUGGACGUCCAUGAUUCUGUUUGGUGCCUUUGCUCUUGGACAAUACAUUCUACCAGCUUUAUUACACGGGGAGUGGGCACGAUGGGAUACUACGGAUGCUGGACUGUAUCGUUCCAAUGAUAAAUCAGCUAACAUUAUCAUGGUGGCCCACAUGAUUUGUGGCGUAUGCCUCCAAGCCUUGGGACCCAUUCAGUUGAUUCCAUCCUUUCGUCGAAAAUAUAUCAAAGUGCAUCGGAUUAUGGGUCGCAUCUACAUUGCUUCCGCACUUGGUGCCUCGGGACUUGCCACAAUCUAUGUAUUGCUGUAUAGAACCAGUCGACAAUGGAUCCACGAAGACAUUGGCAAUGUUAUUUUUGGUUCUGCCGUCUUUGGGUCGGCUGCAAUGAGUCUGUGGCACGUUCGAAACGGCGACAUUGCAAAUCACAAAAUUUGGUCCAUCCGAUUAUUCUUGGCAGUGUUUGGGGCAACCCUCUUCCGGGUUGUUUCCGUCCCGUACGCAGUGGCGGUGCUCUUGGGUGCACCAACCUCCCAAGCAGUGAUGAAUUCUCUCUUUUAUGUCAUGAUUUUGCCUCCCUGGUUGGGAUAUGAGUUGGUUCGACGAAAACAAUGGGAAAUAUUCAGCAACGACAACAAAUCCAUAAUGACUAUUGCAAUGGUUAUUUGGGCCAUUCUGACAUUUAUUAUUUUUGUCGGUGCAUGGCUUCCUGCCAUUUUGAAUCAGCCAUCACUCAAUGGAACAUUGGUGAAUGAAUGA